UGCUGAAGUGCCCGGAUGUGAGGCGGUGUAUUUGAGGUGCAUUGUGGGAGCGGGAGAACGCUGCUCGGACGCGCACGCUGCUUUAGAGCGGGUACAAAGACUUCCUCAGCGCAAAGACUCCGAUAUCUGAACAAUGUCGAUCGGUGUACCAAUCAAAGUGCUUCAUGAAGCGGAGGGUCACAUUGUGACCUGUGAAACCAAUACUGGUGAGGUGUACAGGGGGAAACUGAUAGAAGCUGAAGAUAAUAUGAACUGCCAGAUGUCGAAUAUUACUGUGACGUACCGAGAUGGCAGAGUGUCGCAGCUGGAGCAGGUCUACAUUCGCGGCAGCAAAAUCCGCUUCCUCAUCCUACCGGAUAUGUUGAAAAACGCUCCAAUGUUAAAGAGCAUGAAAAAUAAGAAUCAAGGAGCAGGGGCUGGGAGAGGCAAGGCAGCUAUUCUUAAAGCACAAGUGGCUGCAAGAGGUCGGGGCCGGGGCGGGCCGGGAGCAAGAGGAAACAUUUUCCAGAAACGCCGGUAGUUCAGUUCCUAGUGGCUUCAGUCUGUACAGUUUUCUGUUCAACUUUUAUGUUGAGUGCUUACUUGGAUUGGUUACCAUUGAAUUCAAAGUGUUGUUUUUUUUUGUUUGUUUUUUUUUUUUUUAAUUAGCUUGUUUUGAUUCCACCCCCCUUUUUGUUUUUUGUUGUAAUAAAUGGAAGUCUUUACUUAUACAA